UCUGUUAUGCAUGUCAUCAGCCUGGACAUCUAGCCCGUGAUUGCCCUCACAGGCCUCUGCAACAGCGCAUCGGGGUCGCGCCGAUGGCUGCGGCCCCCAUCGCUAACGGACCAGGACGAGUAGGAGCUUUGAUGGAAGAAGUAGACAGUGGGGGGAGUGCCUUAGCCACCACGGAAGAGGCCGCCGAACUAAUCCCGUUAGAUCAGUACGUAUCACUUGGUUACCCCGGGCUUGGAAUGAUCGGAACGAUCAUACCAGCACCAGAACAGAAAGAGAUGGCCGAGUGGCGACCUUCUCCAGGAGAGAUGGAGUUGGGAGGACCCACCUUCGUCACCGGGGAAAUCGAUGUGCUGAACAUCAUUCGAGCCCUGGACCAUCGGAUUCCGCUCCCGAUCGGUCAUUUGCUUUCGAUCUCGGAACAAGCUAAUGAGCGAAUGCUACAGCACUGCAAGGCGAAUCGAAAACGAUUCGCCCUCGCGCGAACACCGAACGUAAAGGCCAAAAGCCCCUCGCCAGAAGAAAAUAUGGCAGGCUCGUCGGAUCCAAUACGGGUAGGAUUAAUACUAAAAGACGAUCAUUUCCUACGAAUUAAACCCAUCCCGUGGAAAUCUACGGAGUGCGAUAUUGAAAUAUGGGGAAUUCCGUACAAUGCAAUCAUCGACCCGGCAGCCGCUGUUUUGGCUAUCUCGCUGAGAGUGGUCGAAAGGGCAGAUGGAAAGUCAUCGACGAAUGAUGCGGACAACAGUGAUGAGGAUGACCCGGAGAUCUCGAAGCUAGCACGACAGUGUGUUUACUACCCGCCACCCAGAACGAUAGCAAGAACGAUGCAUCUGACCAGUAGAAACGUCCAAAGGACCAAGGCGAUGAUCUUGGGUGAACCCCUCGUGCAGAUUUCGAGGAUGGUCGAUUCUUUGGAACCCCCUCAAACCCUGUACGAAGGGAUCACCCCGCUUCUCUCCCGAUACAGCGACAAAAAGCACUACUGCGACAUUACAGAUCUACCAAGGUCCCUUUUGACACCUACCAAAGAAGUGCGAUUGUUACGCUUAGGGGCGGAAGCAAGUUCUCUGGAACCCCCUGGGCGUCUCGAAGCAGAAACGGACAAACUGGGGAUAAAGAUCGCAACUAAGGACGUGCCAUGGCAAGAUAUUUUUGACGGGAUUACCCCGGAAGGACACGUGGCAAUCCGGGAAGAAGAUGCCCAGAUGAUGGCCACGGUGUUCUCUUGGCGAUCGGAUCACUCCUUCAUUUUUGCACCCCCGCUUGAUGUGGCGAAACCUGCACACACAAAACAGAUAGAUGUACGGAUCUGGGAUCAACUUUUUGAGUUACACGUGCCACAGUACGUACCCGAUGAAAUUCAUCGGGUGAUUGCAGACAUUUUGACGGAAUAUCGGGGAGCGAUUAGCGUGACAGACACUGACAUUGGCCUGUUGCAAGUUAUUCAACACGAAAUACAGACGGGAAAUCACUCCCCGAUCCAUUGUAAACCGUACCGAUACUCCCUGAUAGAACGCAAAAAGGCCCUCGCGCGAAUUCAAGAAUUUGAAACCUGCGGAUGGAUUGAACCCGCCACCGGACCAUGGUCAUUUCCCGUUGUACUAGUGCCAAAGAAAAACGGAUCAAUCCGCAUAUGCAUCGAUUAUCGCAAGCUGAAUGAGAUCACGAUCAAAGAUGUGUACCCCCUCCCCCGAAUUGAUGAUUUGUUGGAUGCGAUUGGCUGCGCCAAAUAUUUCAGCAAGUUUGAUAUUCGGCAUGGCUUCCAUCACAUUCUGGUGAAGGAUGAAGAUCGGUCGAAGACGGCCUUCGUGUUGUUUGAAGGCACGUGGCAGUGGGUUCGGUGUCCGAUAGGGAUUUGCAACGCGCCUGCCACGUUUCAGCGAGCAAUGAACAUGACAUUCCAGAACUUCGUCAACAAGAUGCGGCUGACACAAGGGAUGAUCAACUUCUGCGUGAUCGUAUACAUGGACGAUAUCCUUGUCUACUCAGAGACCUAUCACGGGCACGCGCAACACAUCGAGUGGACAUUGGGAGCGCCGAGAGACGCUGGGUUCAAGAUCGCGCUAAAAAAGAGCGAAUUUUUCCUUUCGAAAAUUUCGUUCUUGGGCUAUGUCGUGACACGUGGAGGACUGCGACCGGACUCCAGAAAGGUUGCGGCGGCUUUCGCAACCCUCAAGGACGCUCUGGCGACGACCCCUAUUUUGAUUCGACCGGACCCCUCGAAACAGUUCAUUCUCAUCACGGACUGGCAACGGGAAGCUAUCUCCACUAUUUUAGCACAGAAGGGGAACGAUGGUCGUGAACACGUCAUCGAAUACGCGUCACGCACGAUACCGGACGAACGGAGGAAUGACUCGGCACCUCAAGGCGAAUGCUAUGCAGCGGUCUGGGGAAUCCAGCACUUCCAUCCAUAUCUCUACGGAAAGAAGUUUCGCCUAGUGACGGAUCACGAGCCUCUGGUAGCUUUGAAGAAGCUCACCAACUACACGGGCAUGAUUGGCCGUUGGGCGGUGCGGCUGCAAGAAUACGAAUUCGAUAUCGUCCAUCGAAAGAUGGAGCGACACGGCAACGCGAACGGGCUGACACGUCUGCAUCGACCUGCCAAGGAUUUCACCAAGGAGGAUCGGAGGAGGGCCAACAAGAGGGCUCGCGAUUACAGAUGGAUAGAGGGCAAAUUAGAAAAACGGAAAACUGACGGCAGUGGGAUUUGGAUGGUUGUACCGCAUCCGUUCAUGAGGUAUGACUGGGUUAAGACGGCACAUGAAGAAACUGCGGCUCAUUUCGCCAUACGUAUCACAGAGUCAGCUAUCGACAAAAAUGAGUGGUACUGGUCCAAUAUCCGCGACGAUGUAAAGUACAUCGUCGCCAACUGUCAAGUCUGCGACGCUGAUAAAGCGCCGAUUCAGCCGCCAAGAUCGAUAGUACCAACGGUAGUUGAACGGCCAUUUCAAAGAGUCAGUAUGGACACUACCGACAUAGUAGUGCCCCCUGGUCCUAAUAGUUGUGAGUAUUCAGUCCUAUUGGUAUUUGUCGACCAUUUUUCGAAAUGGAUCGAAGCCUACCCUUGUCGCACACAACAAGCCGCCGAAAUCGCGCGAUACGUCAACCGCUUUCUCGGGAUGCACCAGGAUACGGAAGAGAUCCUGACCGACAAUGGGGCUGAAUUCAGGGGAGAAGUGCUAAGGAAUCUGGUCUUACAUGGCGUCGCCAUACGGAAUACUGCACCCCACAUGUCGCAAUCCAAGGGGCUGGUGGAAAACGCGAACAGGGUGAUAAAGACGGCAUUGCGGCGGAAUAUCGAGGCACGAGAUCCGAGGCCCUGGCCCGAUAUCGUCGACCACAUCCUAGCGGUCCAUCGCGGUACACCUCAUGAAUCGACGGGGCUAAGCCCCUUCCAAUUGAGGACCAAUAGCGUCGCUUGCGUUUCGAUACCAAGCCUACUGGAUGAAUCCACACUGAACCGACGACCCACCAGGGCCACGGCUUGGGACAAGGCCAAACGACACUUGGAACUACUGGAACGGUCCUUGCCCAGGCUAGCCCGAAAACGGCACACGAUGACCGAAUUGGCCCAAGGCCGACAGGUCCGAAGCUAUGAGGCCCGGAAUGGGAACGCACGACCACGGCCCCAGUACAAAUUGGGGGACAUCGUGCAGGUGAGGAAAUGUGCUCGCCAGGAGCAAGUGAUCGGCGCACGGCUUCUUACUCCGCGGGGGCGAAUCAGCGUCAUACGCCAGGUGCAGCGACCCCAUCUCUGCUAUGAUCUCCUCCGGUUUGCAGCUUUCUUCAGUACGUUGGCGAUCUACACAGUGGCAGAGUUCCGAUUCACGGAAGAGGCAACUACGCGCGUUCUGGCCGAGAUCUCGGCCUUUCGACGGCUAUCCCCUCCCGGGAUUAGCCAUAUCGCCGUCGUCGUCGUCUUUACAGGAGACAUCACUGCGAUUCCGCCAGAGAUUCACUCCGACAUCUAUCGGACGUUGCGCGUCUGGGCUGGGAAAGUGCGGACAGCGUGGACCGAUCUCCUUUGCUCGGCGAGGAGACACCGUCGUGCCGGUGCACGACACGGACCUCCAGCUUCGCUUGUCUCGAAGCUCGCCAGUGGUCGCGCUCCCGGAGCUUCGUCCCUUCACGCCGCCCCAAUGAGUCAUCGUCGCGUCUCCUACUUCGACCUCCCCUCCAGCAUCCCCACCCUUUGGCAAUCUGCGCGGGCUCCUACUCUCUCCUACCGUGUUAAGGAGAACAGUGCGCCGCUAUUGAGCGAGGAAAAGUGGGACGCGUGGUGGGAAGACUAUAUCGAGCUCGCUUUCUGUCUAUUGGAGAUAGAGUUCCGUUGGUCAGAAGCGGCCCUGUUCGGAGAAGGUCCAGAGCACCCAGAGGACAGUGUGGAGCUUCUGAUAAUCCAAGCCUGGAGAACGGCGGAGCAAGGUGACCUGCUGGGAAUUAUGGUGGACGAUCUGCCCCUGGACAUCGUAUCGCACAGUGACAAGCAGCCUGGCACCCACGUAUUGUCUCGAACGCUCGAGCCGCACCUUGUGUGGUCCACGUGUACGGAGAUUGACGAGGACAAUUGUCUCUAUCCUUCCCAGGCGCUCUACCUGGAGAUCGACGUUACCGAUCUCACGUUUUGGGACCUGAUUGCGAGGCAAAACGCGGCGCAGGACGAGGAGAUAGAGGGAGCAGACGAAGAGGAGGAAGAGGAAGAGCCAUCGAGCGAACAACGAGAUGAUCCAGACUACGUACCAGAAAGCGAAGCAGGGAUAGUCGACGAAUCGAGCCAACCUCGGGACGAGGAAGAAGAAGAAGGAAACAAGCAAGCGGAGUCGGAGUUCGAAGGAUUCGAGGCUGAAGUGCGUGAUGCGGCUCGAGAAAGAGCGCAAGAGCACAGAAAGCGAAAGCGCUAGGAGACCACAGAGGGAAAGCGACCUGCGACAAACGAUCCGUCGAUCGGGGACCCGUGGCGUGAUCCGGAGCCGCCAGAAGAA